CCCCUCGGGGAGACCCCGCCCCCCAGCGUGCGUCACCGAGGAGACCCCGCCUCACGUUUCUUUUCUGACUGAGGAGACCCACUCCUCCCCCACCUACAGGAGACCCCGCCCCCAAGGAGACGCCUCUUUGAGCCCUCUCACGCCGCCUCCGAGGAGACCCUUUCCCGCCUUUCAUUCUCUGAAAGCAUCGGAGCCGCUCCAUUCAGGCGUGAAGGCAGCCGAUGGUGGCAGUAGCUCAAAGCUGGAGCUUUGCAGGUGUCCCGCUUGCACUGUGAGAGUGAAUCCUUCAAGAUGGACCUCAUCUUAGAUGUUAACAUCCAGAUCUAUCCUGUGGACUUGGGGGACAAGUUCCGAUUGGUGAUAGCUAGCACCUUGUAUGAAGAUGGGACCCUGGACGAUGGGGAAUAUAAUCCCACAGAUGACCGGCCAUCCAGGGCCGACCAGUUUGAGUACGUGAUGUAUGGGAAGGUGUACAGAAUUGAGGGAGACGAGACCUCCACAGAAGCAGCCACUCGCCUCUCAGCCUAUGUGUCUUACGGGGGGCUGCUCAUGAGACUCCAGGGAGAUGCGAACAACUUGCACGGCUUUGAAGUGGACUCCCGAGUUUACCUCCUGAUGAAGAAGCUGGCUUUCUGAGCCACCUAGGGAGCCUUCGCUGUUUGCCCCUUUCCUGUCCGGUGAGGCCUGGUCUGGGCAUUGCCGCCCCUGCCAAGAGCUGCUGCAGCGGGAAGAAUGCUGGCUGAGGAAGGGGAAU